GACAGUAUUACGGUUGGGGAGCGCCCCCUCCUCCCCCACACGGGUUUCCUCCACCUCCACAUGGUCCUCCUCAUGGUCCUCCCCAUGGUCCUCCCCAUGGACCCCCGCACAUGUACCCUCCUGGUGCCAUCGUUUACUACCCAAUGCAUCCGGGGUAUUUUUAUCCACCACCUCCCGGGGCGGAUUCUGUGCAAGUGGUGGAAGAAGCCGAAGCGGUCCCUGAAUUACCCGGAGAGACCGUCGAGCUACCUUGGAGCACAUACCGUUGGGUCCCCGCUUGCUUAAGCCAGCGCAGCAUCCCACCAGGUGCCCUCAGGGUCGGUACCGAUGCUGACGGUGAUGAGAUCUACGCGGGAAGAGCUCACCACGAAGGUGACAUCGUUCCGGCCAAAGUCAUUCCGACCAAAAACGCGUGUUAUAUUUCUUUCGGUGGUGAAGAGGUUCUAAAAGACCAGUUUGAGGUACUAGUACCAUCCAUGUUCGCCUGGCAGUUCUCGACAAAUGGCGAAGUCCCGCCCGGCGCUGUCGAGGCUGGCUCCACAGCUGACGGGGAGAAGCUUUACUUCGGCAGGGUCAAUCAUGACGGAUGCACUACGCCUGGCAAGAUCCACCCGUCACACGCAUGUUGCUAUUACCCGUUUGAUGGCGAAGAAAGGAGCUCCGCAGAAUAUGAAUGCUUGGUACUAAUGUAGAAAAUGUUAUCGAAAAACGACUUUGGAAAUUCACUUCAAUUAGCUCAAUUAUUUAAUGCAUUAUAUCUAUUAAACCGUACGUAGUUUUUUGUUUUUUUUUUUUUGUUAAACAUUUAUCAGAAAAAGGGAUUUUAAUUUGUCAUUUAUCAUUAAAUCUAUUAGGAUUAUUUCGUGUGAAUUAGUUUUGUGAUAUGACAUAUUUUAUGAAGUUAAAUUGUUUUUAAGACAUUUAUAUAUAAUAUCGAAGCUUAGAUACUAUUUUGUCCUAGAGAUUAUACAGUUUUGAGAUAUAGUCGUGAAUUUAAUGUAUUUUGAAUAAAGUUUUUUUUUU